GAGCGGGCGGGUGGUUAACGGGGCGGCGCCGAGCUCCCGGAUGUGGAGAGAAGCUGGGGAGAAGGCGUGGGAGGAAGAUGGACUCGGUGGAGAAGGGCGCUGCCACGUCGGUGGUGUCUACCCCGCGGGGGCGCCCGUCCCGGGGCCGGCCACCGAAACUGCAGCGCAACUCCCGCGGGUCCCAGGGCCAGGGCCGGGCUGUGGAGAAGCCCCCGCACUUGGCGGCGCUCAUCCUGGCGCGCGGCGGCAGCAAAGGCAUCCCCCUGAAGAACAUCAAGCACCUGGCCGGGGUGCCGCUCAUUGGCUGGGUGCUGCGGGCGGCGCUGGACUCGGGGGUCUUCCAGAGCGUGUGGGUUUCGACGGACCAUGAUGAAAUUGAAAACGUGGCCAAACAGUUUGGAGCGCAGGUUCAUCGAAGAGGCUCCGAGGCAUCCAAAGACAGCGCCACGUCCCUCGAUGCCAUCACCGAGUUUCUGAAUUACCACAACGAGGUGGACAUUGUGGGAAAUAUUCAAGCCACGUCUCCAUGUUUACAUCCCACCGACCUUCAGAAAGUUGCAGAAAUGAUUCGAGAAGAAGGAUAUGAUUCUGUUUUCUCUGUGGUGAGACGCCAUCAAUUCCGGUGGAGUGAAAUUCAGAAAGGAGUUCGUGAAGUAACUGAGCCACUGAACUUGAAUCCUGCCAAGCGGCCUCGGCGACAAGACUGGGACGGAGAGUUAUAUGAAAAUGGCUCAUUUUAUUUUGCCAAAAGGCAUUUGAUAGAGAUGGGUUACUUACAGGGUGGGAAGAUGGCGUACUACGAGAUGCGAGCUGAGCACAGUGUGGAUAUAGAUGUGGACAUUGAUUGGCCUAUUGCAGAGCAAAGAGUAUUAAGAUUUGGCUAUUUUGGCAAAGAGAAGCUUAAGGAGAUAAAGCUUUUGGUUUGCAAUAUUGAUGGAUGUCUCACCAAUGGCCACAUUUAUGUAUCAGGAGACCAAAAAGAAAUAAUAUCUUAUGAUGUAAAAGAUGCUAUUGGCAUAAGUUUAUUAAAGAAAAGUGGGAUUGAGGUGAGGUUCAUCUCUGAACGGGCCUGCUCCAAGCAGACGCUGUCUUCCUUGAAACUGGACUGCAAAAUGGAGGUCAGCGUGUCAGACAAGCUGGCUGUCGUAGACGAGUGGAGAAAGGAAAUGGGCCUGUGCUGGAAGGAAGUGGCUUAUCUCGGCAACGAGGUGUCGGACGAAGAGUGCCUGAGGAGAGCCGGCCUCAGCGGCGUGCCCGCCAGCGCCUGCGCCACCGCCCAGAAGGCUGUCGGGUACAUUUGCAAGUGCGGCGGCGGCCGUGGGGCCAUCCGGGAGUUUGCCGAGCACAUCUUCCUCCUGAUGGAGAAGGUUAAUAACUCCUGCCAGAAAUAGCAGCCAGCGUUGACUCAGGAAAGAGAAUACUGCCUCCUCCUGCCAGUGUGCUCUCCUGGUCAGGUGCCGUCCAUGGUGUGAUGUGGCAGAGGUGUGAUUUGAUCUGUGGUAUACUUAAUGUCUUUCAAAGCAAAGUCUCCUCAAAUGAAUUCCGGAACCUCGAGGUAAUUGUGCUCUCCUCACCCUUGGUACAAGGUCACUAUUCAGAGAUUGAUCAUAAAACUUAGAUUUGCAGUCCAUGCAAGUGAGGCAUCAAGAACAGUUGGUUUUUGUAUUGUGCCCUCUCAAACCGUGUGUGUGUGUGUGAGCGUGUGUGUGUGUGCGCGUGUGCACGUAUUUUCAUAGUGAUGUUGGAUUAUUUAUUUUGAGGUAGUAUGUCUGGUAAGACAUGCCCUCUGUUAAUUAAUAAAAUUACAUUUCACAUA